AUGCAAGCUCUUCGAACUCAAGCUUCUUCUUCUUCAUCCGUUAAUCUUCUUUCAUCUCUCACCGAAUCUUUCGCUCUAUACAACUGCAACCCAACCCCCAAUUCCUACCAUUUUAUCCUCAAAACCCUAAUUCAAACCUCACAAUUUCACCAAAUUCAUUCGGUCCUUAACCACCUAGAGAAAAACGAGAAAUUCGAAACACCCGAGUCCAUUUUUAUCGAUUUGAUCCAGUUCUACGGACGCAAAAAUGAGUUUCAGGAAGCAAUUGAAUUGUUCUUUAGAAUACCUAAUUUUAGGUGCGAUGUUAGUGUGGAUUCCCUCAAUUGUUUGCUCUGGGUUUUGUGUAGGAGAAAGGAGGGGCUCCAAAUCGUGCCCCAGGUGUUGUUGAAGAGUAGGUUGAUCAAUGUUCGUCUUGAAGCGUCUAGUUUUGUGAUAUUAGUUGAGGCUCUUUGUAGGUUUAAUAAGCCGGUUCAUGCCAUCGGUUUGUUGGUUGAUCGUGCGAGUUUUUCGUUGAUUUUACGCACAUUGUGCCAGCAAAACACUUUGGAGUGUGAUCAUGUUAUGGGUUUGGUUGAAGAAAUGAAGAAAUUAGGGUUUUGUUUUGAUGGAACGGAUUGGGGGAAUGUUAUUCGCUUUUUGGUUCGGAGGAACAAGGGUGUGGAAGCUUUGGAGGCGUUGAAUGGGAUGAAACUGGAUGGGUUUAUGCCUGAUGUUAUCUCCUAUACUAUGGUUUUGGAUGCUGUGAUUUCUGCAGGGGAGUUUGAACGUGCAGACCAGGUGUUCGAUGAAAUGCUUGUGUCGGGUUUGGUUCCUGAUAUUCAUACUUACAAUGUGUAUGUGAGUGGGCUGUGUAAACAGAACAAGUUUGAUGAUGGGAUCAAGAUGGUUUCGAGUAUGGAGGAGCUUGGUUGCAAACCGAAUAUGAUCACUUAUAACAUGUUAUUGUCGGCGAUCUGUUAUCGUGGAGAGCUUGGUAUGGCACGCGACUUUUUUAAACAUGUGAGAGGAAAAGGUGGUGUUAUGAACUCUGAAGCGUAUGAAAUGAUUAUCUCCAGGAUGGUUAGUGUGGGUGAUGUCUCGGAAGCUUUAGAUCUUUUGAAGGAAAUGGUGGAGAAAGGGUUAGUGCCUAAACCUUCGACAUUGGAUGAAAUUGUUUCUGGUUUGUGCCAAAAUGGAUUGGUUUCGAAAGGGCUGAGUUUGUUGACCGAAAUACUUGGAAAGAAUGGGAAGCACUGA